CGUUUUCCACUUCCUUCAGUCUGCGUUAGCGUGACUCAUCGACACCUAUCCUCAUAGUAUCCUCCCUCCCCCCUUUCCCUUGCGGCCUCCAUUUCCAACCUGCCCAUGCUCCAGACCUUCCGGAUAAGCUUCGCCGUUAUCGAUCAUUUUACGCCCUUAUAUCUAGGGAAUGAAUACGCAACCACUGGUGUUCUUUGCCUCGGUGCACAUGGCGCCGCCCACGCCGCAUUUGAUAUAGUAUCGUCAUAUAUCCACCGAGCCCCGUAUUCCAUAUAUAGUCGUUGAAGAUGCGGGACCCCAAGGUGAGAGUACCGGCGGGCAUUUGGUGCCUGGUAUAUCUAGCCGAACUUGUGAUCAAAAGUUGCAAGGAGCUUCGCAUGGAAACAUUUAUGCAGACGGGAAAGAUUGCCGGUUCAAGAGAUUGGAGAGUGCUUACCGCAUCGACGCUGCCAUUCACAUAAGAGACUAUUAUGCAUAGCUCUUUCAAGACCUUCCUUUCUCGUCCCCCACAUCUGCUAUGACUCUUUUAUUCCAGUUUCUCACCUUGCUUCUCCCCAUACUGGCAGGAGCCAUUCCUGCAUACAGGCCUGCCACCCUCGAGUCUUUCCAACUACGAGAUCAAAGCAGCUGGGCCGUUGCCAGUCAGCAACCUGACUUCUCUGGUGAUGUCACACAGUGCAAGGGCUACGCCAUUAAUUCUGAUUCAGUCAGGCAAACAUCCACAGGUGGAAUCUCUGCUCAGCUCGACUUAAUUACCUACUGUUCCGCGUAUGGCACAGACAUUCCAUCUCUUACCCUUUCCGUUGAGUACGAGACUUCAUCGCGACUACAUGUCCACAUCUAUGACACUCCUGUCAAGCAAUUCCAGAUUGAUGACAACAUCUUACCUCGCCCGAAACGAACCCUCUUUGGGACAGAUAGUGCUGACAAAUCGGAUCUCAAGUUCGACUACGAGAACAGUCCUUUUGCUUUCUGGGUCACUCGGAAGUCAGAUGGCGAGAUCUUAUUCGAUACCAGAAAGGAUGGUAUCCCCAUUCAUGAAGACCCUUCAGACAUCUUGGGGUCUCCUAGCAACUACACAGUUAUGCCUGCUCAUCCGCUCGUCUUUGAGGAUCAAUACCUGCAGUUGAGCUCCAAAUUGCCUGUCGGAGCGAACAUCUACGGCUUGGGCGAAGCUGUUUCCGGGAGUGGCUACCGCAGAAACUCGAGCUCCACCGUGCAGACAAUGUGGGCAAGAGAUAUCGCUGACCCUGUCGAUGAAAACCUUUACGGUACUCAUCCCUUCUACAUGGAGGUAAGGUAUAACGAAACCUCCUGCACUCUUGCUUCACAUGGCGUAUUCCUGCGAAACUCGAAUGGUAUGGACGUUGUCCUCCGAGAUGGUGCUAUUCAAUACCGAGUCAUUGGUGGUACACUCGAUCUCUACUUCGUUUCCGGUCCAAGCCCCAACGAUGUAACCGAACAAUACGUAUCCACCGUCGGCCUUCCGCAAUCCAUGCCUGAAUGGUCCUUUGGAUUCCAUCUUUGUCGAUGGGGUUAUACUUCCGCCAACGACACUCUCUCAGUUGUCAAUAGGAUGAGAGACGCUGGGAUUCCUUUGGAGACACAAUGGAAUGACAUCGACUGGAUGAGGAGCUACAGAGAAUUCCAAUUUGACCAGAACUAUGGAGAGGUCGAUUACCGAAACCUAGUGGAGACUCUUCACUCUCGCAACCAGCACUACAUUCCCAUAUUCGACGCGGCUAUCGGUCAUCCGCUCAAUGCUACGGAUAGGUUCGAUGUAUAUGACAAGGGUCACGAACUUGGAGUUUGGAUGAGAAACCCUGAUGGUACUGAGUACGUCGGUGCCGUCUGGCCAACUUUCGCCGUCUUCCCAGACUGGUUCCACCCCAAGAUGCAGGAGGUUUGGACAGAGGCCUUCUACAAUUACUCCCAGAUUGUCGAUUUUGACGGUAUCUGGCUUGAUAUGAAUGAACCGUCAUCUUUCGUCGACGGUUCUGCCAGCAACUCUACAAUGUCUUUGGAGAAUACUACAGUCAUUCCUCCCGAUUAUUCUACCGUCGCAUUCCCUACUGACUGGCCUGAGGGUUAUUCAAAUGUGACUGGCAUCAGCGGUAACGUCACUGUAGAUGGCGCCCUCACUUACGGUGCAGAUGGCGACGCCGCUAAGAACACCGCUCUUCGUCGUUCCCUCAUCGGUCGAGACGAUGUUCUCACCAUUCCUUACGUUGACGUCCCUCCCUACCCUAUCAACAACGGUUACGGGAGAUUAUCCGCCAAGACAGUCAGCCCUAACGCUACCCAUUAUGGAGGUCUUCAAGAAUACAGUGUUCAUAAUCUUUGGGGUUCCAUGGAAGAGGAUGCUACGAACAACAUGUUCUUAGCCUUAAAGCCUGGGAAGAGGCCAUUCAUGGUUUCUCGAUCUACGUUUGCCGGCAGUGGUCGAAAGACCGCUCAUUGGCUCGGUGACAACUUCUCCACUUUUGCCUAUAUGAAGAGGUCUAUCCAAGGCGUCUUACAGUUCAACUUGUUCGGUAUCCCCAUGGUUGGCCCUGACGUCUGUGGCUUUAAUGGCAACACGGAUGAAGAGCUUUGUAACCGAUGGAUGCAACUUGGUGCUUUCUUCCCAUUUUUCAGGAACCACAACAUCAAAUCUGCAAUUAGCCAAGAGCCUUAUGUUUGGGACUCUGUCCGUGAUGCCAGUAUCAAGGCCAUCAACGCAAGGUAUCAGAUGUUGCCUUACUGGUCCACAUUAUUCGCCAAGUCCUCUCUUGCCGGAACUCCUGCCGUUAUUCCCCUCUUCCAUGAGUUCCCCUCCCCCAGUUACCUUGACAACGACUACCAGUUCCUCAUUGGUCCCUCUGUACUUGUCACUCCAGUACUUCAACCUAACGAGUCAACUGUAGUUGGCCAAUUCCCCACCAUGAAUGAUGUUUUCUGGGUUGAUUGGUGGACUCACUGUAAACUUGACACUUCUUCCGGCGAAGAUGUUACUCUCGAUUUGCCUCUCGGAAACAUAGGUGUGCACGUCAGGAGUGGUAGUGCUUUGUUGCUCUACGACGAGCCUGGUUAUACUGUCAAGGAGACAAAAGAUAAUGGUUACGCUAUACUGGUCGUGCUUGACGGCAAAGGUUACGCGGAAGGCGAUGCCAAAAUUGAUGAUGGUGAAAGUUUGCCUGUCACCGAACAGACUUGCCUCACAUUUAAAUCCACUGAUUCCUGCAAACUCUCUUCCACAGCUGUCGGCAGCUACACCAUUGCUGGCAAGCUCAAGACUAUUACCAUUGUUGGUGUUUGGACUGAACCUUCCGAAGUCACCCUCAACGGUAGCAAGGUCCAAGAUAGCCAGGUUGAGUAUGACAAGAGCUUAGGCAGAAUCAAAAUUACCGGUCUUGUUCAGGACCUCAAUUCUGCCUGGGAGCUUAUGUGGUAAAGGACAAUAUUUUCAAAAAGCAGACUUGUUAAUGGACGAAACAAACGGACUUAUAAUAUCUAGCGCUGCGCUGCCAUAUUUGUGUUCCGCAAAAUAUAGUAAUUGUAAAUGAUAUAGUGAAUCGCCAACAUGUAUUCAAUCAAAACUUCUACCGAAUCCAGCAGUAUAAAAUCGAAUAUGUAGAUGAGCGGUAAUGCUCAAGACAGUCCCUAGAACAGCAAUUCCGU